AGCUGCUCUCACCACCGUUCCGAACAACAAGAGCCCCGCCUUGUUCUAUCAUCCGAUUCCUUCUUUUGUUUUCUUUCCGUGGAAUCAGUAUUUUCUUUCCGUGGAAUCAGACAUCAGGACAAUGAUUUCACUGAUUAAGGUCGUCGUCUUCCUCAGUUUGGUUCAGAUGUGCCUCGGAGGGAGGAGGCUCGCUGCUCUCGUGCAGCAGCCCCCUCUGGUCCUCACCUAUCACAAGGGUGCCCUGCUCCAUGGCGCUCUCCCCGUCAACAUUGUCUGGUAUGGCCAUUUCACCGCCGCCCAGAGGUCCAUCGUUGCUGAUUUCCUCACUUCUCUCAACCAACAGACGAAAGAGAAGAGCCCAGCCGUUUCGUCUUGGUGGGAGCUCACGGAGGCAUACUUGGCCAGGGCAGGCAGGCCAAGCACUGUAAGUGUGCUGCUCGGAAAGCAGGUAACGGAUGAGGAAUGCUCAAUGGGCAAGUCCCUCAAGAGGACCCAAAUCAGGGACCUGGCUGCCAAGUCUGCCGCCCCCAAUGGCAUCACCCUUGUGCUAACAUCCAAGGAUGUUGCGGUGGAGGGUUUCUGUAUGAGCAGCUGUGGCCUCCAUGAUUCUGCCCCACUAGCUAAAGGGUUGAAGGAGAAGUUUGCCUACAUCUGGGUAGGUAACUCUGAGACGCAAUGCCCAGGCCAGUGCGCUUGGCCUUUCCACCAGCCCCUCUACGGGCCUCAGACCCCGCCGCUGGUGGCACCAAACGGCGAUGUGGGUGUGGAUGGCAUGAUCAUUAACAUUGCGAGUCUGUUAGCUGGUACUGUGACCAACCCUUUUGGGAAUGGCUACUUCCAGGGACCAGCCACUGCGCCUAUGGAAGCAGCAUCAUCGUGUCCAGGGAUGUAUGGCAAGAACUCGUACCCCGGGUAUGCAGGGGACCUGUUGCUGGAUUCGGCAAGUGGAGCAAGCUACAAUGCAAAUGGGAUCAAUGGGAGGAGAUAUCUGCUGCCAGCACUGUGGAAUCCCAAGACCUCUUCUUGUUCGACUCUUGUUUAAAAGGCUUGAUCAGAAAAGAAACGGCUCACGCCAAGUAGCACUGUACAUAAAUUACGAAACGCAUUAUUUCCAAUAAAGCUAUAUAACUCUUGAAGUUUUUGAAAGUACAA